ACACAAGCGGGUUCUUUUUGUAAAACGUAUGUUUAAAAUUUCAUAGAACCCAUGAGAGCCAAUAAUAACUCCAUAACUUUGAGUACUUACUGAAACACUGUUUACUUGUACAUGCAUCAAAACACUGUUAUUUUUCUCGAUAGGUGAGAGCACUGGAGGGUUCCGGAUCCAGGUUAAUGACGGAGUUAAUAAAGAUUCUCCUCACGUGUUCACAGUUACUGCCAGGGAACUGAAGCUAAUUCUGCAAGUCAACGAGAAGCUAAGAGUACUUCCCAGGAUGCAGCAGUCAUUAACAAAGGACCACCUAUCAGUGACCACCAAUGAUAAAGAUUCAGAGAGAGAAAUCGUGUACUACGUAAGAAAAGAACCAGAAAAGGGCCGUAUUCUACUGGAAAACCCCGGUGGUGCCCUAUCUCCUGUGACGCAAUUUACCCAGGGUCAGGUCGAUAAAAAUAUGUUACUGUACGAACACACGAAACCCAUGAAAAGCUUCACUACAAUGGACACUAUCAUAUUCGACAUUGAAACUCAACAUGCUGACUCUCUGAAGGGAGUAGCUUUUAAUAUCGAAAUUUCAGUGGACAGUCUGGGAAUUGGAAACCUGGAAGGAAAAAUUCAGCUCAAUCCACUGGACGUUAUGGAAGGAGGUCAUUCUUCUAUAGGACCAGAACACAUUGACCUAUCGCGGCUUUUAACUGUGUGGCAAGGUAAAGGUAAAGAGGACUUGACGAGUAACCUUGAAAUCAUCGUAGAAACCUUCCCUACCCACGGGUGGCUGUCAUUAAACAAUGAAAAUAUUUCUGAGAGCAGUCAAGUCCGGUUUAAUCGCACAGACAUUAGGGACAGACUCUUAGUUUACCACCAUGACGAUUCUGACACUUUUGGUGAUGUUCUCACAUUGGGUUUCUAUAUCUCGGGCGAUGAGAUGUUCCCUCACAUCUUACUCUACAACGGAACUCUUCAGAUUAACGUCACCUACGUUAACGACCAGCCCUUUGAACUAAUAACGAAGACUCCAAAGAUUAACGUCGUUCAAGGUCAGAAGAUGGUAAUUUCUUCAGAUAACCUGUACACCAAAGAUUUAGAUGGCGUUUCUAAAGACAUUAUAUACGAGAUAAUAAGUAAUGCCACCAAUGGUUUUGUGGUCAAGGAAGAAAAUGAAACACAUCUGGUCCAGAGUUUUACGCAGGAAGACAUUGAUAAGGAUUUGGUGUACUUUGUCCAUGAUGGAAGUAAAAGUCCAGGGACGUUUCACUUCAAAGUAAGUGAUGGUAAGCAUAAGCCUGUUUAUAAAGCAUUCAACAUCAUUGCGGUGUCGCUGUCUCUUACAUUAGUUAACAAAACAACGUUAGAAUUUCUACAAGGGACAACUACAGUCACGAUUAAACCGAAAAACCUUGGAGCUGCUACUAAUGGCGAUCCUGAAAAUAUACUUUACAAUGUGACUAAGGAACCAAGAUACGGUCGUCUUUUCAUUGGAGAGCAACUUAUAAGUCAGUUCAAACAAAAAGACAUCAAUAAUGGUUCGGUUUCUUAUAUGCAGUUGGACAUGACAGCCUCGCAGGAUUACUUCGUAGUGGCGGUGACCUAUGGCGAAAAUAUUCUGUCGGACCGCAUAAUCAACGUUACAGUUGUGCCUCUAAUUAAACAAGGGCCUUUUGGAGUUCACUCUGGAGACUCGGGUGUCUUAACUUUAGAUGUACUAGAUGCAUCCAAAUUAGCGGAGCAGACAGACAGCGAUCCGGUGUACUCCAUAACAAAGCAGCCUAAAUAUGGAUAUUUACAGAAAGUCGCUGCUCCGAGAGUUAGGCGCGAAGCCGAAGCCGUGAAGAGAUUUACUCAUCACGAUAUUAUUCAGGAGAUAAUUAUUUAUAAGAGUAAGGACAUUGAGAUUCGAGGCUCUGUCGCCGAUGUAGUUGAAUACGUGUUGACAGCUCCAGGAGUACAGCCUGCUCGUGGAAGAUUCGUCGUGAUCUUACAGCCUAAGGUCCCAUCGUCGUCAGUACAACUAAUUAGCGAUGUACCGGUGUCGUCGGAUGUACCACCGAACGAAACGACUCUGCAACCGGCACUAGACGACAGAGAGCAGGAACUGGAAGAAAAUGUUCACACGCCUCAGAUCAGCGACGAUCACUUACUGAUCAUUUGUUUAGUAGUGGGAGUGGUAGUUUUGACAUUAGCUAUCGUGUUGGUCAUCAAAUAUCUUACAACGAGACAAAGGUCUAAGCGGUCAGCAAGAGGUCAUAUAGACGGAAAGGUUCCUGGAUCCCAGACAGCGCAGACAGACCUGAAUACCGAGCGUUUCCCAUCGAAUGGAAGCGGAUCUUUGUCGGAACUUCCCCCUGCUGUGCCCCCUACUUCUCCGUCCAGUCUUGCCAGUAGUUGUAGUGUCACUCCUAAGCGAGGAGUCAAAGCCGAGAAGUCAGAAAACAAAGAUGUGGACCCUACACUACCUCCCUCUCCUCCUCCCUAUGGUGUUGAGGGUAAUGAGUGGACAGAAGUAAGCCCGACCGUGCCUACCUGUAAGGUCACACCCCUAACAAAACCAGACAGGCCGGAGGUAAACGAGACGACUUUAAACGCACCCUAUAAUGGAAAAGAUCCUUCCGAACCAAGUGGGAAUGAGGAGUGGAGUCGGUACGAAGGCAACAGUAUACGCUACGGGGCUUCAAAUAAUCCUAUAUUGAGAAAAAACCAGUAUUGGGUCUAAAAAUAAAAAUCUUCAAAAGUGAAAACAAUAGAUUUGUAUUAGUGAUCUGACUCAAGGUCAAAAGAUCGGGUUGUAGAAAUUUGGCUCGGUAAGUACGUUUCCAAAAGCUGUGACUUUAAGGUUCGAUCUGAUGUAUCAUAAAGACAUUAAUACCUAUGCCAACUAGGAGCAAACAACGGCAGAACAAGGUAUUUAAAGACAUUAAUACCUAUGCCAACUAGGAGCAAACAACGGCAGAACAAGGUAUUCUGAACUAAAGCGCAAUUACAAAAUAUUUGUUGCACGCUAAAACACGUCAUCCUUUUCUUCAUACACGAGAAGAAAUUGUUGUUACUAUUGAGAAUGUACAACGGAACGAAACAGAGUUCAUCUAGAAAUAUUAUAUCUUGUUAGUCGUCGUAUCUAUUUCAAUCAGUGAUUUAAAAAAAGAUCGGUUGGAAUUUCUUUAUAUGUUGAAUUUAUCAUUUUCAUUGAUUAAAUAGUCAAAUAUUUCAAGUUUAUUUAAAAUAAUUCCACUAUCUGUGAUCUGUAAAGGUCUGAAAAGUUUCCUGUACCCCCUCAUUAAGAGCUAAGCCUAAUGGUAACUAACAAUAUAUCCCAAACUUUUACUUUAUAGUUUGGAUGAUUAAGAAAGUUGAAAACUACUUGAUUAGCAUCUGUUUUUAAAUUGUGUUCAGCACGGAUAGCCCAUUGUGUAGCUUUGUGCUUAAUUACAAACAAACAAUCAACAAUAAACAAGUUUUGCAGCGCCAUCUAUGUACCAUUUAUUCUCAGUUUCUAGAGUUAAAGUCCUAAAUAAAAAAAGGGUAAUUGUUUUAAGCUUCAUAAAUAUGUAAUUUUUCAUUCGAAGUUUGCAUAGUAUCGUUUCUUGAGAGUUGGAAGUAAAUCAGAACUACUUUGUUAUAACGUUAAAAUCCGGGGUUUGAUUCUCUUUGUUGGACAGAGCACAGAUAGCUUUGCGAGUUGAGUAAAGUGUAUGAACAUUAGCAAUAUCGGUUAUUUACACGUGUUAUUUUCAGUUUACAUAUUACUCUAGUUAUAAACAUGAUUUCAACGUACAAUUUCCUGUUUGUAAUUAUACAUAGAUCUUUUUAAAGAUAUUUUCUAUUUGAUAUUGUCAGACGAAUUUCUCUGUAGGCUGAAAAGAACCGUCAGUAAUAUACUGAGUUUUUGUUUUGUUAGUACUCGAAUUUUAAUAUGUAAAUUUAAGUUUUAUAUUUGUAAACAUUGAACGUUUACAUCAGCUGUUUCUACCUUGUUUUAGGUUUAUCGUGUAGUAUAUCCUUGAUGUUAAUUGUUUCAACUAAAAACUGAGCUUACAUUUACAAUGAUGUCUUCCGAUGUAAUAUUUUGUUACAUAUGAAAAUCUGGUUGAAUUCAU